GUGACGUAGGCCGCGAACACUCUGGAGGUCUUUGCCCCUCUAGGGAAGCCACAUUGGGAUGAGCUCUGCUGGAGACGAAGAGCGCACUGCUGCGAGCGGAGAACAGAUCCGCCCGCCGGUGCAGGAGGGCCGCGAUGCAGAGCUUGCAAGUUUGCAACUGCAGAUUUCGCAAUUGGCGGCCCUGGUGAAGGAGUUGGUGAAGAAGAAGGAGCCUGGCAGCGUCGUGGCGGAUGCAGCCAGUAGGGGCGGCUGGGUUGCUGCCCCCAGAGGCCAACAAGAACCCCUGCAGCCGCACGGCGGAGGCGGGAGAUUUCUCCAGCAGCAAGCGAGAGACGGUGGGCAAGGAUCACGUCAGCUGCUGGAAGGCGGCUGGGCCAGCAGAUCGGGAGCAAAAUCCUGCGAGACCAGCCCGAGUGGGCCCGGGCAUGGACCGGACUACGGGGAAGCGAGGGGGUUCAACCCCCCAGGUGAGAUACCCGUGAUUCGAGGAAAUGGAGAAAUUCCUCAACGGCUGCAGCAGUAGCCACAUGAAGAGAGUAACAGUCAAUGCCCCGCGUCUCGAAGGGGAGAGUCGCGGCCAUGGGGAUGACUCGUGGAGAAAGUCGUUUUUCCAAGCGGCCAAGACUGUAGGACUGGACGGCCAAUUGAUCGGCAACAACGAGAGACAUGCACCUGUCGGCAACCCAAACGUGCCAAGCUCGGAGCUGUACCGCCUCCAAUACACCAGCGAGGUCCAGAGGGGCCUCGAAGCGUUCCAUUUUGUGACCACUGCCAUCGUCAGAGAAGCCGACAAGGCGAUCGUGAACAAAUGCGAGACCGC